AUGGCCGACCUGUUCAACAAACAUUUGAAAAAGGCAACGAAUCGUACUAAAGAAAAACUUCUCGAAGGAAUCGGAAAAGCGAAAGCGACACAGGACGAAGUGUUUGAUCAGCAUGCUGCUAAUCUGGUGAAACAGAGCAAAUCCUGCGAGAAAUUGCACAAAGAUGUGAAGACCUACGCAUCCGCUCUGAAAGCUCUCUGCUCUGCUGAGAAACAACUUCGAGACACAAUCCGCGAGGCUUAUGAGCAAGAAUGGCCCGAUCGAGAACACCUCACUGCUAUCUUUGAUAACCUAGAUAUUCAAACAAAUGAACUCGAGAAAACAGUUUGUGAAGAUCUUCCUCAAACAGUCACUCAAUACGUUAAUCAGUUCCCAGAUUUGAAGAAGAAGAUUGAGAAACGUGGACGAAAGCUGGUUGACUAUGAUAGUGCUAAAAACACGUUCAACAGUGUGAAGUCGUCAAGCAAAAAGGACAACGAUCCGAAACUCGCCAAAGCCACCGUUGAGCUUCAGAAUGCCGAGCAAAUGUACACAGAGAUGAACAAUGAGUUGCUGGAAAUUCUCCCAGCUGUAUACGACAGUCGAAUCACAUUCUUCGUCGACACUCUUCAAUCAUUAUUCAAUGCAAACAGUGUUUAUCAGACUGAUGCUAGUAAAUUCCAUAAACAAAUUGUGAUGCAAUUGGACAAACUCGGUGAGUCAAUGGACUAUUUGAGAGUUGCUCGUCCUGAAGCUCGUGCUCUAACUCCAAUUGACACAAGCUCUCUGGCAUCAACGGAUGCUCCUGCUACACCGGAUCCAAGCAAAUCUGAUAGCACCUCCCUCCGUCAGUCGACUCCAUCUCCAACUGUUCUUGUCUCUCCUCCUCCAGCUCCAGUACCGACAGCAAAGCCAAGAGAAAGUGUGGUUUCUAUUGCCAACUCCACAAAUCCGUUCGACGACGAUGAGGCAGAAGACGAGAAAGAAGCGACUCCAACUGAUGUCGAGGAGAAAUUUGAGGCCAAAGUCUAUCCGAAGCUCAACGCUCAACAAACAGCUGCUGCCGAUCAAGCAAUUGCUGCGGCGAGAAGACAGAAGAGGGAGCCAUCAAAUCCAUUUGACGAUGAAGAUGACGAGAAAACUGAGAAAGGAGACUCAAAAGAGACGAAGAAAAACGACUCAGAGCCACCACCAAAACCACUCGAUGGAAUCACAAAUGAAAAAAGAAAAACUCUUUAUUUUGUGACUUCAACUCACCAAUACAAGGCAGUUGAUACAGAUGAAUUGACCUUCGAACCAGGAAUGAAAAUCAAGGUGAUCGAAGCGAAUGAGGGAGAUCAAUUGGAUGAUGGAUGGAGGCUUGGAGAGCUUGAAGAUGGAAAACGGGGCGUUUUUCCGGAGAACUUUACAAAGAAAAUCUAG